AUGUCUGAUUAGAUUACCUCGUCUCAAAUUAUUGAGUUUUUCUGGUUUUUCUUUCCCUUUUUACUUUUCAUAAAUGCUAUUCUCCUUAAAUUUUACAUUAAGACUAGCAUUCAUGUGGAAAAAGAAGUAAAUAGAUCAAAAGCAUAUACCUAAUAAAAUAUUCAUGAUCCUUAAAAACAUGACAUUGAUCUUUAAGGUUCAGGUAUAAAAUACUAGUUAAUUGUAUUUAGAAAUACAAAUUGUUGGGAAUUAUGAAUAAAAUCAGUCAAUGAAUGUAGUAGAAGAAGGAUAGAAAAAAUAAUUUUAAUAGGCAUAGUAAUUGUAAUCAGUUCCUUAAUAAUCAACCAUCCCUUAAAAUCUUACAUAAAAUGUAUAAUUUUAACUUUAAUAUUCAUAAUUAGACAAGAACAGCUAAAGUGUUUGAUGGAUUAAAUGAAAUAGUUUCAACCUAUUUUCCUUUAUUAUCAGUCUCAAUAAUUUGUAUUAAUAAUUUUGCUGUUUGGAGUUGGGCAUUAGCCUGUGUUUUUUUAUUUUUAUUUUUUGUUAUUGCUUUCAAUAUUAUUUAAGUGUAGCGAAACUUUCCAGAUACAAUCAAAAGUAAUUUAGUAAUAUUAUUAAUUUAGGAUUUUUAUAUGUUAGUCAUCAUAUAUGGUUAAGUGGUUUAUUUAUUAGCUAUUUAGCCUGUAAAUUGAAACUGUCAAAUUGA